AUGCUAGCAAAUCCUUACCGGCAGAAGCCACCAAGUGACGAAAGCAAGUGGGUCUGCAUUUAUCCGCUGUAUUUGAACUCCCGAAAAACUCUUGUUCAAGGGAGGCGAAUUCCGAAAGAUAAGGCUGUUGAUUCUCCAACUUCUCAGGAAAUUUUUGACAUCUUACAAAAUGCCGGUUUGAAGGUCAAAAUAGAGAAACAAAAGAUGCAUCCAUUAGAUGCUUCUCGAGAUACUAACUCGCAAGGUCGUGUGCGGAUACAGCUGCAUAAUGAUGACGGCAGUCUUUGUAACGAGAAAUUUCCAACGCGUAAGUCACUAAUGUUGUAUGCCUGUGAGAUGAUUCCGAAGUUGAAGACGAGGCAAACUGGAAGUAGCCAGUCUCAUGGUGGAACUUCCGGCAAGGGUGGCAAACAACAGAAGAAGAAAAGGUGA